UUUCUUCGUUUCUAUUGCUUUUCUUCUGCAGGAUGUACUACAGCUAAGCUGGCUGUUGCUCUGUUUAGUGGUUGUUUUUCCUUUCCUGUUUUGGGAAACCUGAUGCUGUUGCUGAUAAUGGUGCUGGAGAAGAAUGAAAGCUCGUGCUCCUCCUCCACCAAACCAACCUUCUGCAGCCAGUAGAAUUCACAGUGAGCACAAGUCACCUGCAGAGACAGCCGUAAUUUCUGAUCAGAGCCUUGUGAGCAUGAAGGAGAAUAUGAUAAAUAGAAUGGUGGACUUCACAGUCAUUUUACCCAGCGGGGUGGAACAGAAGAGCACAGUACAAGGAAGUAAAGCUGUGAUGGAUCUUUUGGUUGAUCUGUGCAGCCGGCAUCACUUGAAUCCAUCCCAGUACAGUCUUGAAUUGAAGUCUUUGGAAACUCAGCAACCUUUGAGUUACAAGCCAAACACUUUGAUAGGAGCACUGGAUGUACAGACAGUACUCCUGAAAGAGAAGGUUCCUGAAGAGAAGAUAAAGAGACCUCUACCAAGGGGUCCCGAGAAAUCUGUGAGGCUGGUGGUAAAUUACCUGAAGACACAGAAGGCAGUGGUUCGAGUCAGCCCAGACGUGCCUCUUCAUAACAUCAUCCCAGCUAUUUGUGAGAAGUGUGAGGUCAGUCAGGAGCACAUUGUUCUUCUGCGAGACAGCAUCACUGGGGAGGAGCUGGAGCUUACCAAAUCCUUGGAGGAGCUGGGAAUAAGUGAGCUGUAUGCCUGGGACCGAAAAAGAGUUCCUCCAUCAAAAACUCAGUCUGAACCUUCUCUGAACUACAGAGGUACUGUACAGUGCUGCUGAGGGGAAAUCUGCUUUUCCCUUGCUGUUGUUUAAUGUGGUUCUGGGAGAUGGGUUUUUAACAUUGUAGUGUAAAAUGCUGGUGUGAAACAAGCUGUUGUCACAAUCUGUGUUGUCUUUUGGACUAUGUUGUUAACAGGGCCAUGCUUUUUGUCAGAACAAACACACUUGUGUGCAUACUUCUUCAGUAAUAACCACUAAAUGCCAACAAUUAACAAAUCCUGUCAGUUAACUAUUGUAUGGCACAGUAUGCUUCGAGUCUUUUAGAUUCCAACUUUUUACAGAAGCAGAGGCAGAAUAUUUUGACUUCUGUGAGAUCUUUCACUAACUUUAAUUUAUUUGUAAUGAAACAUUUUAAUAUCAAACUGAAAUGUGUGCAUACACAUUGCAUAACUCUGGGUAGACGCUGACUUCUGAAUUGCUACAAUAGACAUGAUUUCAUUAGAUUACAUUUGUGUUUCUGCUUCUUGUUAAACAGAAAAGAUAUAUGUUUAGUAUAUCCUUUUCCCUUACUGAGUCUGUUAUAUAACAUUGUUAAUUAUCCUCUAGAAAGGUAUGCUUGACUUGUUACAUCAUUGUGUUACCAAUAAACACAAUGCAAUGAAAAUAAAGCAGUGGAUAAUUUCUAUAAACUUACAGGAUUGAAGUCCAUCUCCAGUAGACAGUGACAGCCAUGGAGAGGAUAUCACUGACUAAGGGCCUGCUGGCUCUUGGCUUCGCUGAAGCCAGUGAUUUUCCUGCUAACUCCUUUGUCAUGUGUGCUGUGGCUUAGUCUUAUACAGAGCAUCACACUGGAGUGCAUAACUACUCUAUUUAUUUAAUAAAAAUUAUCCAGAUUUCUUGUUUUGAGGUGAUAUGCAGUGUUUAAAAUCCUAGUUUGGAUUUCCAUCAAACUGUUGAUGAUCAGCAGUUACUGACAUGGCUUAUGCUAGCCUUUAGUCAUUACUGCUUGUUUUUGAAUAGAUGAGUAAGGGAAUCAUGAUCCAUAUCCAAUUGUAGCCCAGCCCUGAGCAAAAAAAAACCAGGAGUUUCUGGUGAAUGAGCUUUGACAUUAUUUGAGGAAGGUAAUAAUUUUUGGUUUUUUGUUUCUUUGUUUGCUGGGGAGUUGCAGCCUUUCUUAAGGAUAGUUUCUUCCUGCUUUCCUAGUGGUUCACCACCUUCACUCUUGCGCCUUGCUUUGAACUACUGUAUGUGCUUAACACCUUCUAACAGCUGAAAUUACUGAUGUGCAAAGUGAUCCUUCAUGAAAAUCAUGUGCUAUGUGUGAAAUGCAACUCAAUUCACAGGAAUUCUGGGAUGAGGGUUUCUUGUGAAGUAGACUUUUAAUUUCUUGCAAGAAAUAAGCCAUUUUGUACACUUACUAAUUG